GACAACAUCAUAUGCUGGGGUGACGAUUCAGAGCUCCAGCUGCAAGUUCCAGGGAAGGACCAAGGCCGCAGCGGCGUGCAGGAGACCUUCAGCUCCAUCUCCGCCGGCAACUUCCACACCUGCGGCUUAACCUUGGGCAUGGACGUGUGGUGUUGGGGCCGUGUGAACCUUUAUCGCUUGGAUUUCAGGACACCAUCGAAUGCCACGAUGUUGAGCAGCGGCGGCAUCCAUGCGUGUAUCCUCGACAUCAACCAGAAGGCCAGAUGCUGGGGAGGUGACAACGUUGGACAGGCAGCGGUGCCGCUAGACUCUGCAACUUAUCCGCCUUCGAUCCUCGACUACUCAAACGAUCCGCUUGACAUUAACGGCGAGGAUCCAAGUAUGCGGAUCUAUGAGUAUGUUCCGGGCUACUCCACGCCACUGAGGACGAAGCAGCACGUCAACAUGGCAAUCUUUUUUCCGGAGUUUGCCCUUGCUGACUCAGCCAC